AUGGCAGCAGUGGCAAAAAUUGCAAUCGUUAUUUUACUUAUAUAUUUAAUUGAGUCCUCAUAUGCUGCAUCUGUUGACCAAGAUGCUGGAGAAGAAAAUAAGCCUAAUAACGUUAACACUAAAGCUACUCAAUCUGGGGACUUAAUUGAAUUUAUUGAGAAAAUAAAGACUAAAAUAAGAGAAACAACUAGCAAAUUCCCAAGUGUUGAUCAAGAUGCUACAAGAGAGGAUAAGCCUAAUGAUGAUGACACCAAAGCUGCUGGCUCUUUCGACUUUCUUGGAUUUAUUAAGAAAAUGGAGACCAAAAUAAAAGAAGUCACUAGCAAAUUUUCUAGCAAAACUAAAUAA